AUGUCCACCCAAGCUGCUUUCGACAAGGCUGUCAAGACCGUCAAGGACUUGAAGCCUGAGGGGGACGUCAAGCCUACUCAGGAUGACCAGCUCGCUUUCUACGGUCUCUUCAAGCAGGCCACCGAGGGCGACUGUACCACCGCCCGACCAGGCGCCUUUGACUUCAAGGGCAAGUACAAGUGGGACGCGUGGAACAAGAACAAGGGCAUGAGCAAGGAGGAUGCGCAGAAGCAGUACUAUGACUUGCUCGACGGGAUGAUGGCCAAGUCUAGCGACCCGGAGAUCGUCAAGGCCCGCGAGGAGCUCCACGCUGCCAAGGGCGCAUAA